AUGGCAAGUGGAGUUGUUUUCCCCGAGGCACCUCUCUUCCUCCUGGCAGUGGGACAGAGUAGUGCCAGCGGACCGGGAACCACCAACAAUAUCCAAGACAUCUUCCACGGUCGUUGCGUGAACUUUGGCGAGAUCGAGUAUCUGGCUGUCCCCGUGCAUAAAACGACGGGGACAGAUCUGGACCUGAUGCCACGGGUACAGGAGAGCUGCGAAGACUUGUGGGCAGAUGUCUCUGCCGUGUUCGCUUACAAAGACGCCUGUGAUGUCUCCGUGGACGCUUACUUGGAGCUCAUCUCUCGCAUACAGCAACAGUGUCGCCAGGUACCGGCCGACAUGUCCAUGUUCUGGGAGGGAGUCUACGACCUGGUCCACAAGUUCUCGGACAAAGGCCGCCGCUACGUGACCAUCGAGGACACCAUCACCGGCUUCCUGGGAGACAAGAUCACAGACACCAUCGAGAGAUACUGUGGCGCUGCUUCCGUCAACUUCGCACGGGCGGCCAGCGGACACGUCCGCGUGAUGCUCUCAGGUUCGAACCCCGAGCUCAAGGCCUAUAGGUGGGACAGCUACUUGGAGAAGUACGAGCUGCCCAACAUGACGGACACGGGGAACAAAUUCACAGCACUCAUCAUCCACGAGAAACAAAACUUCACAAAGUAA